CCGAAGCAAAGCAGCCAACCAUAAUAGAGUUGGAGUAGUACAAGAAAAUGUGCAGUAUAGUCACCAAGCACCAAUGAUUUGCAGGGAGAGAGAUAGAUAGGACUUUUUCUUAGGCCUCUCUGACUCUCCCUCUCUCUCUCUCUCUAGGGAGAGGGGAGCUGCUGUUGGAUAAGAGAAGAGAAGAGAGGAGAGCUAGAGAUAGGCAGAUUAGCAUCCAGAUUAGCCCGUACAACCCAUCUCGCAGAUUCUGAAUCUCCUCCUCGCCCUACAGUCCAUCUUCUUCUCUGGCUAUCCAGCAGUGUAUUAUCAGGCCACUCACUAAUCAACUGAAGCAGCAUGAGCUCCCAUGGUGUUGUUGCGGUGAAACCAAUCGCCGCGCCGGACAAAACAGCGCAUUCUUAUGCCUGUGGAUCCGCACAGUCUUCAGUUCAUAAGUUGCUGGAUGCUAAACUGGACCACCUUGGGCUGUUGGAUGACAAUCUGUCAUCCACCAGCCAGUCAUCAGACAUCAAGACUGAACUGAUCCGAACGUCGAGCCUGGGAAGAAGCAGCCUACCAUUUAACCUUCAGAGAAGAAGCCCUGAGCCUGAUCCUGAAAGCCCAUUGUCUCAUGUCUCGCACCCCAAUUUUUCAGAGCCCAUGGCCUCAAACUCUUCAACGUUCUGCACAAGUUUGUUCUCGUCAUCUUCGACAAACUCGGCGCCGUGCCGGCAAAUGGGUGCUCUGCCUUUCCUGCCUCACCCUCCUAAGUAUGAGCAGCAGGUUCUCCCAGGGCAGUCAUCAACCUCCUCCCUGCAGCUUAGUGGUGACACAGGCAAUGUUCAUGACGAAGCUGAACAGACAGAUGACAUAAAAGACUUCCUCAAUCUUUCUGCUGUAGAUGCUUCUGAUGGCAGCUUCCAUGGUGAAAACCAAGCGUUUGCUUUCGCCGAGGCCGAGCAGAUGGAAUUCCAGUUCUUGUCUGAGCAGCUAGGAAUCGCCAUCACCGAUAAUGAGGAGAGCCCCCAGUUAGAUGACAUAUACGACACGCCGCCGCCUCAAAUGUCGUCGCUUCCAGUGUCAUCCUGCUCCAACCAGAGUCUGCAGAAUCCAGGGUCUCCGGCUAAACUGCCGCUUAGCUCAUCGCGGUCAUCUUCUGGAUCUGCAGCAGCUAACAAGUCAAGAUUGAGGUGGACACUGGAGCUCCACGAGCGUUUUGUAGAGGCCGUGAACAAGCUCGAAGGACCUGACAAAGCAACUCCCAAGGGCGUUCUGAAGCUUAUGAAAGUGGAAGGCCUGACCAUCUAUCAUGUAAAGAGUCAUUUGCAGAAGUACCGACACGCAAAGUAUAUCCCAGAGAUCAAAGACGAAAAGAAGGCUUCCUCGGACGUUAAGAAAGUACAAUCAGGUAGCAGUGGAAGUGAUCCGUUCAAAAACAAGAACUUGGCAGAAGCUCUACGGAUGCAAAUGGAGGUUCAGAAACAGCUCCAUGAGCAGCUAGAGGUGCAAAGGCAGUUGCAGCUACGCAUAGAAGAACACGCGAAGUACUUGCAAAGGAUACUGGAGGAGCAGCAGAAGGCCAGCAGUGGCAUCUCGCUCUCACUGAAAACUCCGACGGCGCCGUCCGUGUCGACGUCGAAAGACAGAACUGAACCUGAAGAGGCCACCACCUCUUCACCUCAGACGACCAAGAACAGCGAGACAGGGUCCCCUUGUUCAUAACAACCGUCACAUCGUCCGGUGCUUCGCCAUUGCCGGCAGCCGGCGGAAAGCUCACCACUUCCUCGGUGGCAGAGCUGUGGUGGUCACGAUGAUAUACACACGAACAUUGUAGUUCGAACGAGCUUUAGGUUUUAGCCAGUGGUCGUCAGUGGAUGCAUGUAUAUUGUAUAUAACUCUCACUUUGGGAAUAGGAAAUGGGGGAACCAAUAAGCCGAUCAUAGCAUGGUUUUGAAUUUGCAUCAA